CGCGGGGGUGGGGGACUCGCGGCCGGGGCUCGGGGCGGGGAGCCCUGAGGUUAUCCCGGCUCCCGGGUGAACCUCAUGCGGGUGCGGGCCGGGAGGGCUCGACAGCUUUCUCCUUCCAGGAAACCGAGGGAGGGUGGUACUGGGAGGCCGAGACUGGCAGUCACUUCCUGCGCCCACAUGGCGAGGGGGUGGGGGGCGCCUGCUUUCCGUCCGGGAACGGAAUCUGGGAGUGGUGGUGCGCGGGGGAGCGGGAGUUCCUCCCGGCCCUGGAGUGGCGUCCCUCGUGUUUCCGCAGCUGGGUGCCGGGGCUCCAGUGAGCGUCACAGCCGACCCGGGGCAAGCCCCCGGGGCUACUACGUCCCCGUCCCUCGCCUCUGCUGCCCCUCCCACCUCCUGUUAGGCUGGCACCGAUCUGGUACCCACCCUGCAGCGAUUAUGGAUGCUGACCCUUAAGGCCGGCGGUAAACCGGCGCGGUCCAGCAUCGCUCGGUGUCGAGAGGGUUUACAGCCUUCUCGGAAUUUGGGCGACAUCAUCGGGAUAAUAAUCUUGGUUCCCAGUCUUAGGCACUGCCGCGCCGCCCCGCCCAGCUCCAGGGAAAUUCCCCGCUUCCUUCAGCCCAGACGCCUAGGCUUGCUCAAGACUUCUCAGUUCUUGAGUUGCCCUCCUUCCUUGCCCUGUUUGGUCUCCCUUGAAAGCACCCCACCCCUUACUGGAAGUUUUAGGCCCCCUGUUGGAGGCCUGUUGGAGAACAGCUUGUGCCUGGCCCGGAUUGAGUAGAGCCCCUGUUACUAAAACUUUGCCUUAGUCAUAGGGCUCGACACUUGUCAGUUUCUCCUCAUUUGAUUGGGUACUCAGGGUUGAUAACUUCUGUUUCAGCUGGGGAAACCAAGGGGAAAGAAAAGGGACGAAUUAAUCCGGUUAAUAUCAGAGCUGGGACAGCUCCCGUGGGACUUGACAGGCAUGGAUAAUAAUCCUAUGUGAUUUAGGAUAAGUUCUCUUGCGUGUCUGUAACAUGGGAUGUUACUACCUUUGCUAGCAUGAGGCGUGAGUAAGAUGAUGUGUCUGACUUUCACAGUGUUUGAAAUAUAUUAGGUGAUCAAUAAAUGUUCUCCUUUCUCCCUCCCAUUCUCUUGUGCUGGCUCUGUUUCAUCGGGAGAGAGAACAAGUUGUGGGGCAGGCGUUUGUACUAAGUGGAAAACAAUCCUAUGAGAAAGCAGUGACUAGGUGUAAUAUUUGGGAAUGUGAAACUAGGCGUGAAUCCAAACUUCCGAAACAGUAACCUAAUUUAUUUUUUUCUUAAGGCCCGACACUGUCUGCGGUCCCAUGAUCCGUGAUUUCUGAUUGUAACUGAAAUUGUCUAACAUUGCAGACCCAAAGUUUAAAUGUGGUUGCGUUGAACUGGAAAGCAGAUUUGCCAAAAUGCUUUUCUCAACUGUUGUUUUCUGUGUAGACCCAGCAUGAGUGAAGCUCCCUGCAGGAAACGUGAUGACUACCUGGAAUGGCCUGAGUAUUUCAUGGCAGUGGCCUUCUUAUCGGCACAGAGAAGCAAAGAUCCAAAUUCGCAGGUCGGAGCCUGCAUCGUGAACGCAGAGAACAAGAUUGUCGGCAUCGGGUAUAAUGGAAUGCCAAAUGGGUGCAGCGAUGACGUGUUGCCUUGGAGAAGGACGGCAGAGAGAAAGCUGGAUACCAAGUACCCUUACGCGAGCACGCAAGGUCUGAUUAAUACCUUCACUUUAAGAGAAGAAAAAAUAGACCCAACCUUGAUAGAUACCAGGCUCGCAUGGUAUGCUGCAGCUGAACACAUGAAGCCGUCCGUAAUGGUUUGCAAAUUAGAACAUCACCGACUCUCUUCUUAUGUAAUGCCCCUGUGUCCAAAUGUUAAUAAAAGACAGUGAAUUGAAUCAGGCAGCAGCCUUGUAUUUCAAGAGGAAGCCGUGUUCGGCUCUAGUCUAUCAGCCACCCAGGCGGGCUGCUGGAAAGAUAGACUCUGAGUUCUAAGGAAAACUGUCCCCGUACUGGGCCCUUCCUCUUUCCCGCUUCUUUUUCGUGGAGUGGGGACCAUAGUUCUUCUAACUCCAGACGAGGCUGAUGGGCCAACCUUGUGGUAGAAUUAGAGCUUUUAAUUACCCGCGGCAGGCGGAGAAGAGGCGAUAAGCAACACAGCCAUCAGCACUUGAACAGCACAUGUCGGCGCUGAUUAGCGCGGCUGCUGAGAGCGAGGACUAAUGAGGCCAAGGUCACGGACGCGGCCCCGCAGCCCAGGUAGCCCGGCCACCCUCCAAACGGCACCCUCCGCCCAGGCAGCUGCCUCGCAGAUGCUCCUGGCCUUCUGGAAGGGGGCCGGGGAGGCCCGAGCCAGCAGUCAGCACGGAAUCCUUUUGUUUAAAUCCAAACAAAAUAAAAAAACAGGUUCUCUAAUGGACCACCCCCUGUGAUCCCUC